AUGAACGUACAUCACGAGGACUCGAGGAUAAAAGGCGGAAAACCAGGAAGGGGUGAUGAAGAAAUCGCUGGAUCCUCCAAGGGCAAAGGAUGGGGCGUGAAAAAACUCGACAUUUUCACUCUACUAUCGGUUCUACUGAGCAUCGUUCUAGUUUGGACAUUGUGCGCUAUCCUGACCGUGAGUGACGCCUUUCGGACAGGAUCGCCAGCCAGAACCGACAAUAAAAUCAACAUCCUCUACGAGGCCCCUUGGUUCCGGUUUCCCUAUCCAUGCCAAUGGGGUCUGCCGACAGUGAGCGUAGCGGCCGUGUUCGGGAUGUUGGCGGGAGUUUUGGCUUCGGCCAUCGAGAGCAUCGGAGAUUAUUACGCUUGCGCAAGAUUGGCAGGUGCACGACCACCACCGGUUCACGCAAUGAACCGAGGCAUCGCCAUCGAAGGACUCGGCUGCAUUUUGGCCGGCCUGUGGGGAUCUGGAAAUGGAACGACCAGCUACUCGGAAAACAUUGGUGCCAUAGGCGUCACCAAAGUGGGAAGUCGAAGGGUGAUUCAAGCGGCCGCUUUAAUGAUGAUGGUCUUUGGUGUCUUGUCGAAAUUUGGAGCCCUUUUUAUUACCAUCCCAGAGCCAAUCAUCGGUGGCAUAUUCUGCGUCCUGUUUGGAAUGAUAGCAGCCACGGGUUUGGCCAAUUUACAAUUUAUCGACCUCAACUCGUCAAGAAAUUUGCUCGUUCUCGGCUUCUCCAUCUUUUUCUCUUUGGUCCUAUCUCAAUGGAUGAAAGCCAAUCCUGGUGCCAUCAACAGUGGGUCACAAAUCUUUGAUCAGAUCGUUUUGAUGAGCACCAGCAUGUUUACGGCAGGUGUUUUGGGUUUCUUUUUAGACAACACCAUUCCAGGAACUGACGAAGAAAGAGGACUGACUAAGUGGCUGGCCCAUCCUGAUCCUAAUACAAAAGGCAGCAAUGAAGAGUCAGCACAUGAACAGGAGUUGCCUCAGUGCACUUAUGACAUCCCUCUCAUCACUCCUUGGUGGAAAAGACAAUUAUGGGCAGCUUACUUGCCUUUCCUGCCAUCCUAUCGGCCAGAAGUUUGGAGUGGGAAGACAAAGAGCUGCUGGUGGAGAAGGGAGAACAAGUGCGAAGAUAAGCCAAAUGGUAAAAUAACAGCUGCAAUUCAGAUGUCCUCUGUGGAGUGAUGACUGGCUGGAUUGAUCAAAAUCUUCACCCAUUGUUCCUAUCAGCUGCCUGAUAAAGUAUUCGACACGUGGUCGGAACUCCCU